AGUACAAACUUGUAGCUCCAUUAUUCAACUCAGCAUCUUACUAAAAGUCCAGUGGAGUGAAUAUCCCACACUAACCGCAUUGACAAGCUGAUAUCGAGCAGUCAAGUUGGACUGUUCUGUGUGUGAGAGGGAGAGAGAGAGAGGGAGAGAGAGAGGGAGGGAGAGAGAGACAUAGAGAGAGAGGGAGAGAGAGAGAGAGAGCUUGGGGAAGCUAUGGCAGUGGUAUUAGCAGUAAGGGAUGAAGGCAUGGAAUACAAUGGUAGGAUGACAGCAUUUGUUGUGCUAUCUUGCAUGGUGGCUGCCACAGGAGGAAUUAUCUUCGGCUAUGAUAUCGGAAUUUCAGGUGGAGUGACCUCCAUGGAGUCAUUUCUGAAGAAAUUCUUCCCAGAAGUGUACACUAAGAUGAAAGAAGACACUGAGAUUAGUAACUACUGCAAAUUUGACAGCCAGUUGUUGACCUCAUUCACAUCCUCACUCUACGUGGCCGGCCUAAUUGCUUCGUUCUUUGCCUCAUGGAUCACUAGAGCCUUUGGUCGCAAGCCAUCAAUCCUUGUCGGAGGAGCUGCAUUCCUUGCUGGUUCAGCCCUCGGUGGUGCAGCUUAUAAUGUGUACAUGCUGAUAUUUGGCCGCAUCUUGCUUGGCGUUGGGGUUGGUUUUGCAAAUCAGUCAGUCCCACUAUAUCUUUCAGAAAUGGCUCCUCCUAGAUACAGAGGAGCAAUCAACACUGGCUUCCAGCUCUGUGUAGCUAUCGGGGUACUGACAGCAAACCUUAUUAACUAUGGUGUCGAAAAAAUCAAAGGCGGUUGGGGCUGGCGAAUCUCCCUAGCCAUGGCAGCUGUCCCUGCUUCAAUUCUGACUCUUGGCGCACUUUUCCUCCCCGAAACACCCAACAGCCUAAUUCAGCGAAGGAGCAACGAUCAUCAAAAGGCCAAGUUGAUGCUGCAACGAGUUAGAGGCACUGAAGAUGUCCAAGCGGAACUUGAUGAUCUCAUCAAAGCUAGUGCUAUAUCGAAUACCACCAAACACCCAUUCAAGAAAAUCAUACAAAGAAAAUAUAGGCCUCAGCUUGUCAUGGCAAUAGCUAUACCAUUCUUCCAACAAGUCACGGGGAUCAAUGUCAUUUCCUUCUAUGCUCCAGUCCUUUUUCGAACUAUUGGUCUAGGUGAAAGUGCAUCACUCUUGUCCUCAUUACUUGUGACCGGGGUUGUGGGUACCGGCUCAACCUUUGUCUCAAUGCUGAUAGUUGAUAAGCUUGGCAGAAGAGUUCUGUUCAUAUUUGGUGGGAUACAAAUGUUUGUGUCACAAUUAAUGGUUGGAAGCAUAAUGGCAGCUCAGCUAGGUGAUCAUGGUGGGAUGAGCAAAGGGUAUUCUCUUCUGGUGUUGAUUUUUAUCUGCAUUUAUACUUGUGGAUUUGCUUGGUCUUGGGGUCCAUUGGGAUGGCUAGUCCCAAGUGAAAUAUUUUCGUUGGAGAUUCGUUCUGCUGGACAAAGUAUUGCAGUGGCAGUGAACUUUCUCUUCACCUUUGUUAUUGCUCAAACUUUUCUAGCUAUGCUCUGCCACUUUAAGGCUGGGAUUUUCUUCUUUUUCGGGGGAUGGGUGUUGGUGAUGACCGGAUUUGUUUAUGUGUUGUUGCCAGAGACUAAGAACAUGCCAAUUGAAAAGAUGGAUAGAGUAUGGAGGGAACACUGGUUUUGGAAGAAGAUUGUUGGGGAAGAGCAUGAGGGGAGUAAAAUGGAAGGGUCAUGAGAUUAAAUAAAUUCGAAUUUACGACACCAUUGUUGAGCAA